AUGGCUAAUUAAGCUUAAUAAAUUGAUUAAUCUAUUGCUAAUUAAACUAGUGGUACUAUUGGAAAUACUCUAUUAGUUAAUACAUUGACUUUAGUUAAAUAACCUACUAGAUUUGGAUUAAAUAAUCCAGAAAAUAAUAUUAAAGAAUAUGUUACUUUAUUCGAAUUUAAAAAUCUGACUGGAUAUACAGUUGAAGUUUAAAAAAUAUAAAAUAAUUAAAAAGAAGUUUAUAUUACAGUAAAAAAUGGAUUGAAUAGUAAUUUAUAAAGAGAAUCAGAUUAAGAAAAUUAUUAAAAAACAUUUGAAGAACCAUACACUAUUAAUGUAUAAUUUAAAACUUAAUAAAUGAAUAGCUAUAAAAUAAAUAACCUAAAAAUUGAUAGAGUAAGAUAAGAUACAUAUAUAUGCAAGCCUUUGAAAUGUUCAGCGUUUUUCAUAGACGAAAUAAAAGCUACUGAAUCAGAAGGCGCAACAAUCGCUUAAUAUGGAAAUUAUGAUAAUUUUGAAACUAUUAAUUAAAAUAGUAGAAUUCCUAUUUAUUGGGAAAGUGAAAAUCCUUAAUAAAUUAUGUGCAAAAUAGAGAAUAUUAUAAUAAUAGAAGUAGUAUAGUGUAAAAUAAUAAUAAUAAUAAUAAUAAUAAUAAUAAUAAUAAUCAAUAACAAUAACAAUAACAAUAACAAUAACAAUAACAAUAACAAUAACAAUAACAAUAACAAUAACAAUAACAAUAACAAUAACAAUAACAAUAACAAUAACAAUAACAAUAACAAUAACAAUAACAAUAACAAUAACAAUAACAAUAACAAUAACAAUAACAAUAACAAUAACAAUAACAAUAACAAUAACAAUAACAAUAACAAUAACAAUAACAAUAACAAUAACAAUAACAAUAACAAUACACAAUAACAAUAACAUAUAACAAUAACAAUAACAUACAACAAUAACAUAUAACAAUAACAAUAACAAUAACAAUAACAAUAACAAUAACAAUAACAAUAACAAUAACAAUAACAAUAACAAUAACAAUAACAAUAACAAUAACAAUAACAAUAACAAUAACAAUAACAAUAACAAUAACAAUAACAAUAACAAUAACAAUAACAAUAACAAUAACAAUAACAAUAACAAUAACAAUAACAAUAACAUUAACAAUAACAAUAACAAUAACAAUAACAAUAACAAUAACAAUAACAAUAACAAUAACAAUAACAAUAACAAUAACAAUAACAAUAACAAUAACAAUAACAAUAACAAUAACAAUAACAAUAACAAUAACAAUAAUAAUAACAAUAACAAUAAAAAUAACAAUAACAAUAAUAAUUUUAUAUUUUUUAAAGAUUAUUUAUCUUAAUAAAAUAUUAACUCUAAGGAUAAUGUAAACCUUUUGCUUGGAAUUUCCCUUGUUAAAAGCCUGUAGUAGAAUUAUAAUUAAUAAAAAUUAAAAAUCUAAUUUAAGAUUAAAAUAUAAAUGAAAACGAAUUAACUGAAUAUUUUGAAGUUAAUUUGGAAUAACUAAAUUUCCGCGAACCAGAAAGCAUUACAUUAAUAUAUAAAGGCUUCAAUAUUUAAUUAAAUAUAAAGACUGUUUUUAAAGGAAAAAAAAACUUCAUAGACACGAACAUAAAUAUUAAAUAUAUGCAAAUUGAUAAUAAUACUGAAUAUGAGUCAUUAACACCUGUAAAUAUUACACCUUCAAAUUAUAAUAAAGUUAGAUAAAAUAUAGAAGAUAACUUUUUAAAUUUUGUUUUCUAAAGAGAUCAUAGUUCACAUCAAGUUCUUUUAAUAAAUAAAUUUGACUUAUAUAUAUGUCCUUUGACAAUAAGAUUAGAUUAAGAAUACUUACAAAUAUUACUUGAAUUUUCCAAAAAUUUACUUAAAUCUUUAGAAAUAUAAAAUACAUAAUAAAACGAUGUUAAAAGAUAUGAUAUUGUUAAAUAUUUAUUUGUAAGUCCUGAAAAAAGAAAAGAAAUUGAUAAAUAUAUUGAAAACUAAGUUAAGUCAGGAUAAAUAUUAUAAUAAUAUAAUUUUUAUGAAGAUUGGAAAUAUUUAGAUGUCCCUAAUAUACAAAAAUCUGUUCAUAUAUAAGAACUGAAAGUACAUUAAAUAUUAUUUAAUAUUUCUUACCAUACGACAUCUUUUUCAUCUGUAGAUUAAGUUAAUUUACUCUAUAUGUUCGCUAGUUUUUUUGGAACUGCUUUAAGUAAUAUAGAUAAUGCUCCUAUUUUUUUAUCAGAAUUUAACCUUGUUAAUUUAUUUGACAACGAAAAUUUUAUUCAGGAAAAAGUUCUUAAACAUUAUAAGUAUAAUAUUAUUAAGUAAAUCUAUAGGAUAAUAGGUUCGAUUGAGAUUAUAGGUAAUCCUUUAGGAUUAAUGUAAAAAUUAGGAGAUGGAUUUAUAGAUUUAAUCGAAAAACCUUACGAAGGAAUAUAAAAUGGACCUAUGGAAUUCGGAAUGGGAAUUGCAGAAGGUACAAGUUCUUUACUGAAAAAUGGAAUUGCUGGAACCUUUUAGUCAAUAUAUAAAGUUACUGGGACACUAAGUAAAGGAUUUUCGAAAUUUACAUUAGUAAUUUUUUGUUUUAAAGUUUUUAUAAAAAUAAUAUAGGAUCCUGAAUAUUAAGAAAAAAGAAGAAGAUAUAUGUUGAAACCACCGAAAAAUUUAAUAAAUGGAUUAGAAUAAGCAGGAGAGUGUAUUUAUAAUGGAAUAUAUGAAGGUGUUUCAGGUAUUGUUGUAUAACCUUAUUAAGGGGUAUCCAAAAAUGGUUUUAGUGGUUUAAUGUUUGGUACUGUCAAAGGAAUAACAGGUAUUUUAGUAAAGCCUAUAUCUGGAAUAUUAGAUGCUACCUCAAAAACUGCAGAAGGAUUAACAAACACAGUAACAGUAUAUGAUGAUAAAGCAAAUGAUAAAAGAAUAAGACUAAUAAGAGCAUUUUAUGAUUAUAUGGGUAUUUUUGAAAAUAGUAAGUAUUGA